GUUUACCCCUGAUCCCUAAUCUCAAGUCUGGCUAUUUUGAGCUGCCGGAACAGAACUGGGCUUUGUGUGUUUGUUCUGACUUUUCUUUAUAUUCACUGCCCAGGCUUAAAUGCAGGCUGGACUUCCAUCCUGAGGACACACGGACAGAAAGGCACCUGCCUCCUGGCACCUCUAUCUAAUGCAGUGAUCCUAGACAGUGGGGUUGGCCCUUUGAGUGGAGACUAAGUUUGCGUCCCCUCCCUGCUGUGACAGGUGUGUAGGUCAUCAUCAACCACCCCAUCAUGCUCCUGGUGUCUACCGUGUCCGGUAAGUAAGGUUCCAGCCACUGGGCUCCAGACACCCCUCAGUUGGAUGAGCCAGGUGGGCUAGAUGGAUUUGAUGAAACUGAGAAGGCUGUUUUUCUAAAAACCUAUUUCCCUUUCUUGUGAACUAGUGGGUUGUCAGGAGGGGUUGGUUGAAGGGGAAGUACUACUUGCCUUCCAAAAUACUUCCUUAGGAGACCCCUCUUUUGGGAACCAGGAAAUAGGUGGUAAGACUGACAAGGGGUUCAAGUUGCCAGCUGCACAGGCCACACCGUCCCUAGCAUUGGAACUUCCUCAUUCUGGGGAGCCUACACAGCACCCCACUAACUUGUCCCUUGUCCCUCACCCUUGCCCAGCUGUGCCUGGGCUCUUUUCACCCCCUAGCUCUCCCAGCAACAGCAGCCAGGAGGAACUACUGGAUGACCGAGACCCGCUGCUAGUCCGGGCUGAACUGGCCCUGCUAUCUACAAUUUUUGUGGCUGUGGCCUUGAGCAAUGGCCUAGUGCUGGGGGCCCUAAUACGGCGGGGCCGGCGUGGACGCUGGGCACCCAUGCAUGUCUUCAUCAGUCAUUUGUGCCUGGCUGACCUGGCUGUGGCUCUGUUUCAAGUGCUACCCCAGCUGGCUUGGGAUGCCACUGACCGCUUCCAUGGCCCUGAUGCCCUGUGUCGGGCCGUCAAGUACCUGCAGAUGGUGGGCAUGUAUGCCUCCUCCUACAUGAUCCUGGCCAUGACACUAGACCGCCAUCGUGCCAUCUGCCGCCCUAUGCUAGCAUACCGCCAUGGAGGUGGGGCUCGCUGGAACAGGCCAGUGCUGGUGGCCUGGGCCUUCUCACUCCUUCUCAGCCUGCCUCAGCUCUUCAUCUUUGCUCAGCGUGAUGUGGGAAAUGGCAGUGGGGUGUUUGAUUGCUGGGCCCGAUUUGCAGAACCAUGGGGCCUUCGUGCCUAUGUCACCUGGAUUGCCUUGAUGGUGUUUGUGGCACCUGCCCUAGGCAUUGCUGCCUGUCAGGUUCUUAUCUUCCGGGAGAUACACGCCAGUCUGGUGCCAGGGCCAUCCGAGAGGGCAGGGAGGCGCCGCAGAGGGCGCCGGACAGGAAGCCCCAGCGAGGGAGCACAUGUAUCAGCAGCCAUGGCCAAGACCGUGAGGAUGACACUGGUGAUUGUGAUUGUCUACGUGCUAUGCUGGGCACCCUUCUUCCUCGUGCAGCUGUGGGCAGCGUGGGAUCCGGAAGCUCCUCUGGAAAGACCCCCCUUUGUGUUGCUCAUGCUGCUGGCUAGCCUUAACAGCUGUACCAACCCUUGGAUCUAUGCUUCCUUCAGUAGCAGUGUCUCCUCGGAGUUGCGUAGCCUGCUUUGCUGUGCUCAGAGGCACACCACACACAGCCUGGGUCCUCAAGAUGAAUCCUGUGCCACAGCCAGCUCCUCUUUGAUGAAGGAUACACCCUCCUGAGUAGCUACUGGGCUCUUUCUACUCAAAAACCCUCUGUAGCUCAACUGACUAUCUAGGGUUGGCCCUGAGUGCACCAAGAAAGGGUACCUUGGUUAUCCUUGGUCAUCCCUAGGUGUCAUUGUCCCCAAGUAUACAAGAAGGAAUAUUCCAGGGCUGUAAAGGAACCCUAAAGUUGGCUCCUUUGUUGCUAGACAUGGGAAGCAACUGGGACAGAUGCCUCAAGGUCUGGGAGGAAAAUAGGCAACAAAGGUGCUUGUGCUUCUUACUCUGGCAAGUACCCCAGGUGAGGAAGACUCCCAGGAAGCUGGAAGCAGGACCAGGAUAGGACUAGUAGACCUUCCUGUUAUUCUUCCCUUCUGUCUGUUUCCUAAUAAAAGUUGCAGUUCAUUUUCCCCAUGGAAAAA